GAAGAGCCAAAAAAAAUCCAUCACAAAAUCCACUUUAACAGCAUCUUCCAUCUCAGAUUUUGUUGGUUUUACGUAGAAAUCAGCCUGACAAAUAUCAUGGGCGUCAGAGAUCCCUCGCAAGAGGCACCCAGCACGCCAGAUCCUGUUGAAAGGAGCCUCGCCACCUUGAAUACGCUAAGGAUCGGUGUUAAGGCGUUUGUCGAAAAGGAUGGCGACUAUCGGAAAGCAGAGAUCCUGUCCAUGAGACAGCGGAAAGAUGGGCCCGCCUUCUACGUACAUUAUGUCGACUUCAACAAGCGUCUUGACGAAUGGAUCCCUGCAUCGCGGAUUGACUUAACGAAAGAAGUAGAAUGGCCUCUGCCCGAGAAACCAGAGAAGAAGAAAGUUAGCGGCGCCGCCGCAACAAAAGCUCAGCCCAAGAAUUCACUGAAGCGGGCAAGACAAGCAAGUCGAGAUGUAUCUUCAACUCCAGAUCUUUUAGCAGGAAAGAACCUCAAUAUCAGUAAACAAUCCAAGCUGUCCAAGGCCAGUAGUGGCAAGGAAAACGGUGAAGAUGGUACUCCGAUAAGUAUUCCCCAGCUGCCCAGCGAAGGCGUCUCUGCUGGAGGUACUCCUCAACUGGAGGUGGACUCUGAAGAUGUGGAGAUGGUUGAUGUUGCCGAAGCUGAAGCGAAGGCAGCAAUCAGGGAAGAGGCAGAAAAAGCCGCCGAGGAAGCUGUUCGGCAAGAGGAAAUCGAGAAGCUGAGGACGGGUGGGAGCAUGACACAGAACCCCACGGAAAUCCAUCGUGUGCGAAACCUGAAUCGAAUCCAGAUGGGAAAAUAUGAAAUAGAGCCGUGGUACUUUUCACCGUAUCCGACUUCCUUCAGCGACGCGGACAUGGUCUACAUCGAUGAAUUCUGUCUCAGUUAUUUCGAUGAUCAACGUGCUUUUGAAAGACACCGAUCUAAAUGUACUCUCGUCCAUCCACCAGGCAACGAGAUUUAUCGGGAUGAUUAUGUAUCUUUUUUUGAAGUGGAUGGCCGUCGACAGCGAACAUGGUGUCGAAACUUGUGCUUGCUGAGCAAGUUAUUCCUGGACCACAAGACCCUCUACUAUGAUGUUGAUCCUUUUCUUUUCUACUGCAUGACUACACGCGAUGCCCAGGGCUGCCACCUCGUCGGAUAUUUCUCCAAGGAGAAAGAAUCAGCCGAGGGCUACAAUGUGGCAUGUAUCCUUACGCUUCCACAGUAUCAGCGUCGUGGAUACGGUCGACUGCUCAUUGCAUUUAGUUACGAGCUUAGCAAACGGGAAGGCAAAUUAGGCUCUCCUGAGAAACCACUGAGUGACCUGGGCCUACUCGGCUACCGGCAAUACUGGAGAGAAACGCUGGUUGAACUUCUCCUGGAACCCGGUCGGGAUGCCAUUAGCGAGAGUGAAUUGGCAAGUUUAAGUGGCAUGACAGAGAAGGAUGUUCAUGAGACCUUGGUGGUACUAAACCUCCUCAAAUACAAUAAAGGAAACUGGAUAAUUGUCCUCACCGAUGCAAUCAUCGAGCAACGUAACAAGCGUUUAGCAAAAGAACAGGCCAAGGGAUCCCGAAAAAUCGAUUCCUCGCGUCUUCAGUGGAAACCACCAGUUUUCACUGCCUCAAGCCGGACGUGGAAUUGGUAGAAUUCCCCGACUUUGAUGAAU